UCCCAGUGAAGGAGCUGUUACUAUAGAAACAAUAACAGACUACAAAUAAGACUUGUGCACUAAACACUUUUAGUAAAAUCGGCUCUCUCUGAAACAGAAGGUUUCGCUUUUCGGAGUGGGUUUGAGUUUGGAGUUAUAGCCCCCGUAUGAAUUAAAGCAGCAGUUGGAGUAAUGAUCAAAGGAACGUUUGAGGAACGCUCUUUUUUGAUUUACAGUAUUCUGCUCUCGUAAUGUAAGUACACAUUCAUGGCUCGGUACAAGAGACAUUUCUUUUACUAAGUGAUAGGAAACAUGGAAAAGCAUCUUUCAAACAAGGAAGAAAUGGGUAUCAAGAAAUAGCAGAAGUAGGAGAGUUCGAGCAAGCGUCACGUCCCUCAGUGAACGCCCCCACAGCGAGGCAGGAAACUCUAUCAGAAGUGAUAAACGAAUGAGUGUGAGGCAACAAACAGCACCAGAAAACCGCAGGGGUGAACAGAAAGAAAGGCAACCGUAAGUUAAAAGAUUGAAAAUAUUACAGAAAAGCAAAUAUAUAAAAAUAAUAAAAAAAUAAUUAAAAAAAAAAAAAACAACAACCAGAAACCCAAAUAUCAAUUGAAAGAGGAAGUGUGAGUGAGAAAGAAGAAAAGAGAGAGAGAGAAAAAAAACUAAAGGACUUGACUGCCUCAGUCAUCGUGCAGUUACAGUUCUGGUUGGAGAUCAUAUGGAUGGAUGUCACCUUGCACCGUAUUUUCCCACCGACUGUUCGAUAACAACCGAAACACCUCUGCUCUACUAGCGAUACGGACUGGAUACACUAACGUGACACCAUGGUACUUCUAGGACAUUAAGACGACUGCUCGUUUCCUCCGAAUGGCAACCUAAUGGAACAGCGUGAGUUUUUUUGCACCGAGUUUGGAUAAUAUAUUUGGGACAACGGGUGUCUGAGGAGCGCGGCGUAAACAAAUAAGGAUUGACGUCCGUCAGUGCUUUGGAGCAGACAUUCAGACCGGGACCAAUGACAGGAAAAUGAAUGAGAGCACUCCUGCAUGUGAAAAUGACACGAUAUACAAGGAUAUUAAAGAAUACCAGCGUUACACCUAUGCAAUCAUCUACACAGUAAUCCUGGUCCCAGGGUUGAUCAGUAAUGUUUUGGCACUUUGGGUUUUCCAUGUGUAUGUGAAGGAAACCAAGAAAGCUGUGAUCUUCAUGAUCAACCUGGCCAUUGCUGAUCUGCUCCAAGUACUUUCAUUGCCUUUGCGCAUCUACUACUACCUGAACCAAUCCUGGCCCUUUGGCCAUGCUGUCUGCAUGUUCUGCUUCUACCUGAAAUAUGUCAACAUGUACGCCAGCAUUUACUUCCUGGCAUGCAUAAGCAUAAGACGGUGCUUGCUUAUCAUCUAUCCACUGCGAUACAAAGGAACGAAACGACGACGAGACCGCACGUGGUGCGCGAUAGGCUGGUUCAUCGUGUGUGUUGGAUGCCUGCCCUUUCCGCUGCUGAGAAAAAACAUCGACUCCUCCAAGUCAGGAGAAUCUGCCAUCUGCUUCUCAGAGCUACCUAUGGUGUCUCUAUCCUUGGCAAGCGGAGUGACUCUCGUCACACUGGCAGAACUCAUCGGUUUUCUGUUACCUCUAGCAGUGGUCCUCACUUGCACGUGGUUAACUGCCGCAAGUCUGAGAGAAAAAAACUGUGUCCUUCAAGACGCUGGUGAAAAGCGCAAAGCUCUCAAGAUGGUGCUGAGCUGUGCAGGUGUCUUCCUGUUCUGUUUCAUGCCUUAUCACAUCACCUUUCCUUUGGACUUUUUAACCAAAUUGAAUAAGCAAAUGAGCUGCGUAUUUAAGAACACCGUCCAACGCUCCCAUCCUAUCACCUUGUGUCUGGCCAGCUUUAACUCCUGCCUGGACCCGGUGAUGUACUACUUCACCACUGAUGAAUUCAAGAGGCGUCUCUCGAGGCCAGAAUUGCCCGAAAGCUUCCAUUUGCACCGCAGGAUAUCGUGUUCAACAACCGAGGUGAAAGUUUUGCGGUCCGAGCAAGAUGAUGAAAUAUGAAGACGUGAACUUCUUUAACAAGAGGAAAGGCCUUACUGUUGUCAUUAACACUGAGAGUAUGAUCCCAUAAAGACUGUAGACAAACAAUGAGAAUAAAUCCCAAAGAUUAAAACGGAUCGGCGUUGUCCUUAUCAAUGGAAAGGACUAUGAUGAAGGCCUAAAAAUAUGAAUAACCUGCACUGAGCCCAAUAAUGUAAUACUGAAUAUAGCCAAUGUUAAAUAAUUUAUGAUUGAAUGUUGUCAUGGCCUGAUAAUUGCACGGUGUAGUGUGAGCUAUGUAUUAUUGUUAAAGCAGAUUGAUUCACGCGUAUUUCGAGAAUCGUAUGAUGACUGUGAACAGUAUGUGAUGUUUCAAUACUAAGACAAAUAUUCAUUUUUUGUAAAUAUGGGGAAAAUACUGAAGAAAUGUGACGAUUAAAUUCUGUGAAAGUUCAUUCAAAUACACACGUGAACGGCUGAACUACAAUUGCAAUGCGUUGGAUAUAUUCUUGUUCUCUUACAAGCUAAUGAAAUAGCUACU